AUGUACAUAAACUCGCUACCUAUUGUCAUUUCAAGAGACCUCAAGAUCCCUACUCCCGUCAGUGGUGAAGGAUUUUUCUACCGUCACUCGUCAGUUUCAUUCACUGUCGAAACAAGAGUUCCUCGGAUCCGCCACUCUGCCAGAGGGACAAUAUACAUCACUGACAAACGGAUGAUAUUCGUCGCAUCUGACGCUAGUUCAGAUGGAUUCGAGACAUUCUAUCUGUUACUCACGGAUAUUGUCUCAUCAGUAAAAACAGCAAGUGGCGCUGGGAGAUUUAAUCGCAAUAUGUUUUGUUUGACUCUACAACUGAGCGAUACAAGAACGGUGAUUAUCACAGUCGAAUUCGAUAAAAGAGAUCUGAAAGCCAAGCAAACGUUAGAAGACUAUUAUACUAUGAUCACUGAGAGUGUUUCAGCGGCAAAGAAAAAGAAGUUAGAGGCGGAGAGAUUGACAUUGGCAGUCGUAUCUGAAACUUGGAACAUUAGUAAUUUGCCUGAACCGCCAGUAUAUUCAUCUGCGGCAAUAUUUCAUGAUGAGGAGUUACCACCAUAUCCCGGACAGUAA